AUGUGGACUACAUAUAACACCUACGCCAUUUGCGCCUUCGCCGCCAUCGGCGGUGGCCUGUUCGGCUUCGAUAUCUCGUCCAUGAGCGGCGUGCUCGGCACCAAUGCCUACAAGAACUACUUCGGCAACCCUACCGGCUACCGUCAAGGCGGUAUCACGGCUUCCAUGCCCGCUGGCUCCCUCGUUGGUGCACUAGCCUCUUCCUUCAUUGCAGACAAGCUCUCCCGUAGGACUGCGAUCCAGGUCGCGGCCAUUAUUUGGAUCAUUGGCGCCAUUCUUCAGACUGCCUCGAACGGCGUCGCCCUCCUCUGCGUCGGCCGUGUCGUUGCUGGUCUCUGCGUUGGCAUCGCAUCUUCCAUUGUCCCGGUUUACCAAGCCGAGAUUGCCCGCAAGGAGAUCCGAGGACGUGUGGUGUCAUUGCAACAAUGGGCUAUCACUUGGGGCAUCUUAAUCCAGUACUUCAUUCAGUACGGCGCUUCCUUUGUCGACGGUGGUCCAACGGCUCCCAACCAGGGAACUGCCGCCUUCCGUAUCCCAUGGAGUAUUCAGAUGGUUCCAGCAUUCAUUCUCUUCAUCGGCAUGUUCUUUUUGCCUAGGUCCCCCCGCUGGCUAGCGAGCAAGGAUCGUUGGGAGGAGGCCAUCCAAGUUCUCGGCCACCUCCAUGGAGGAGGCGAUGUGAACCACCCCAAGGUGCUCGCUGAAUACCAGGAAAUUGAGGAAGCUCUUCGCUUCGAGCGGGAGGAAGCGAUCAACAGCUACAAAGCCCUUGUCGAGCCUCGUAUGCUCAAGCGCGUCAUCCUGGGAAUGUCAAUCCAGAUGUGGUCUCAGCUUUGCGGCAUGAACAUCAUGAUGUACUACAUCGUCUACAUCAUGGAGGGUGCUGGCAUCGCUAAUGAGUUGCUCACCUCCUCCAUCCAGUACAUCAUCAACGUUGCGCUCACAUUGCCCGCUAUCCUGUACCUUGACAGGUUCGGCCGUCGCCCGGCUCUCCUUUGCGGUUCGUUCGGCAUGAUGACUUUCCUUUUCAUCAACGGCGCGCUUCAAGCCGCCUACGGCAGGCCUAACCCCGACAAGUCCAAUAAAGCCAUCACCUGGGUCGUUCAGGACCACAAGAGCGUUUCCAAGGCCAUAGUCGCCUGCUCGUACCUCUUCGUCGCCACCUUUGCCACGACCUGGGGCCCAACAUCCUGGACAUAUCCCUCGGAGAUCUUCCCGUCCAAGAUCCGCGCCAAGGCCGUCUCGUUGGCCACCGCCUCUAACUGGAUCUGGAACUGCGCCCUUGCCUUCGGUGUUCCCCCGCUUCUCCAGAAGAUCGACUGGAAGAUGUACAUGAUCUUCGCCACCUUCAAUGGUCUUGCCCUCAUUCAUAUGUUCCUGACUGCUCCCGAGACCAAGGGCAAGACCCUCGAGGAGAUGGACGAGGUCUUCGACUCUGGCAUCCCGGCCUGGCGCGGCGUCAAGAAGGGCUCUAGGCUCGACGUGCUGCAGACCCAGAUCGAGAAGGGCGAGGUCAAGGUUGCCGGCUUCCACGGCCGCGACAGGUCCGGUGCUCCCACCGGAAUCGAGCAUGUCGAGAACAAGGCGGAAUAGGUUGACGAGCGUAGUGGCUUAGAUACGGCAAAGCAGAGUUGGGGUUCGUCGUAAAGCGCUACACUAUACUGGGGUCAAGAUGGGGUGGUUGCGGCAACAUGCUUACGGAGAUUUUUACGGAGUCUCUAGCUCAGAAUCAUGGUUGAUGGACGAUCAUCGAUUAUUGGGCAUGCAUGUAAUAUCUUUCUGCGAAUACUCAAAUAGUAGGCGCUAGUGGUAAUACCUAUC